UUUGGUGAAAGUGUAAUAUUUAUUAAAACACGAAAAGAAUACAAAGUACUUCUUAACAUGUAUUUGAAUUAUGAAAUAGGUUGAACGGAACAAUUUUUUUUUUUUUUUUUGUUUAUCGAGCCCCAAAGGCGGGUGAUGAGAAUCAAUCCCAAAAUCUCUUAUAAUCGAUAGGGGAGAUUUAACCACUUAAUCUAUCUCUCAUUCUCUGAACGGAACAAAUCUUAAUCACCUAACACUGACCUUAAUUUCAAUAUGUUGUUUAACAACCUAUGCCGCAUUGUCAAUAUUUAAAAAAAAAAAAAAAACCAUGGGCCAUUCGGAAUUUCAUUGUCCAACUAGCAAUAUAGCGUGCACAAUGACGCGCUACUCGCCCAUAUCAUACACGUCACAUCCACGUUCAAGUAAUUUCUCCCAAUUCGUCUACAUUUCUACGUACAUUCCAGGAAAUUAUAAUUAUACGCCGCACUCCUUUACUUGUACGCGUAACAACUAAUAUUACCAGUAUAUAUGUUACGUAGUAUAACUUCCCUCCAUAUCAAACUACAUACUGCAUUACAUACAUUUAAAAACCAGCCUUACAUUACAACGUUCGAUUACAUUGUUAAUUAUUGCACAUCUAUAUUAUACCUAUAUUCCGAUUAUCGACCGUCAACUAUUAGCCAUAACCCAAAAUUUUCAUUGAUAAUAGUAUUACUAUCAGCUAAGAACGCUUUCUAGCAAACAAAGGCAUACCAACGUACAUGACGAGCACAUUACAUGCGAGCUUAGUAUGCAUUGAUGUUUUAUUGAAGAUACCCGAAACCCUCAGCAAGCCGAGCAAAAGGUGGCAAAGGGCUUUUGCUAGCAUCUACUAUUCGAGAGCGUUACUAUUGCCUCCUCGGAAAAGGCAACGCAAUGAGUGUAAAUUAUUGCACUCUUCUUCUUAUACUGUCCUAAACCUAGAACCACAUCAAUCUUUUUCGAAUGUUGAUCAAAUAUCCCUAAGCAAACUUACCAAACAAAAAAACCUACAAACACUUCGAGAUUUUGGUGGGGUAGACUCCAUUGCUUCUGCUAUCAAUACCAACUUAGAGAAUGGUAUUGAUGGUGAUGAGCGAGACCUUGCAAACCGCCAUGAAGCCUUUGGCACAAACACGUACAAAAAACCACCUUCUCAAGGGUUCCUUCACUUUGUGUGGGAAGCCUUUCAGGACUUCACCAUCCUUAUUCUUCUUUUUUGUGCUGCUCUUUCUCUUGGUUUCGGUAUCAAGCAGAGAGGACCGAAAGAGGGAUGGUAUGAUGGAGGGAGCAUAUUUGUUGCUGUUUUUCUAGUCAUCAUUGUUUCUUCUCUAAGUAAUUUCAGACAGAGUAAACAGUUUGAAAAACUAUCCAAACAAAGCAACAACAUCAAGAUAUAUGUAAUAAGGGGUGGGCGACGACAACAGGUAUCAAUAUAUGAGAUUGUUGUCGGCGACAUAGUCUGCUUGAACACUGGAGAUCAAGUACCAGCAGAUGGUUUGUUCAUUGACGGCCAUUCAUUACAAAUUGAUGAGUCUAGCAUGACAGGGGAAAGUGAUCAUGUGGGCAUUGACAGAGUUCAAUAUCCGUACUUGGUAUCAGGGACAAAGGUUGCAGAUGGUUAUGGUAAGAUGCUCGUCACCUCAGUUGGCAUGAAUACAGUCUGGGGAGAGCUGAUGAGUUCUGCAAGCCGCAACUCAGAUGAACAAACACCACUACAAGCUCGGCUUAACAAGCUAACUUCUUCCAUCGGUAAGCUUGGUUUAGUAGUGGCCUUCCUCGUACUUGUAGUGCUGUUGGUUCGAUACUUCACAGGGCAUACCAAAGAUGAGAGUGGAAGAAAGGAAUUCAAUGGAAGCAAAACAAAUGUGAAUGAUGUGCUCAAUGCUAUCGUCAGGAUUGUUGCUGCUGCUGUUACGAUAGUUGUGGUUGCAAUCCCUGAGGGACUGCCAUUGGCAGUCACUCUCACACUCGCUUAUUCAAUGAAAAGAAUGAUGGCUGAUCAGGCUAUGGUUCGCAAACUCUCAGCAUGUGAGACAAUGGGUUCUGCUACCACCAUUUGCACAGACAAAACAGGCACACUCACCCAGAACCAGAUGAAGGUCACAAAAGUCUGGUUGGGCCAGAAUCUUAUUGAACACGGCACAACCUCUGAGAUUGAUGCUGAUCUUCUUGCAUUCAUCCAACAAGGUGUUGGGCUCAAUACCACAGGAAGUGUCUACAGGAGUUCAUCUUCAAGCUCAGAUUACGAGUUCUCAGGCAGCCCAACAGAGAAGGCCUUACUCUCUUGGGCCGUGUUGGAGCUCAACAUGGACAUCCAGAAGCUGAACCAGGGUUGUACGACCCUUCAUGUGGAAGCCUUCAAUUCACAGAAGAAAAGAAGUGGGGUGCUAAUAAAAGAUAAAGAAAACAAUAAAGUUUAUGUACACUGGAAAGGUGCAGCUGAAAUGAUACUAGAUAAAUGCUCCUCUUACUAUGAUGCAUCAGGAAAUUUGAAGCCUAUGAAUAAUAAGGCAAAGGAAACUUUCGAGCAGAUAAUUCAAAGCAUGGCAGCUAGCAGCCUCAGAUGCAUUACCUUUGCUCACAAAGAAGUAGUACAUAAGGAAAAUGAAGUAAUGGAUCAAGAAAAGCUCACUGAUGAUGGUCUGACGUUGCUCGGAAUGGUUGGUCUAAAGGACCCGUGUAGACCUGGUGUAAAGAAAGCUGUUCAAGACUGCCAAAAUGCCGGAGUUAACAUCAAGAUGAUAACAGGGGAUAAUGUUUUCACUGCACGAGCAAUAGCUGUUGAGUGUGGGAUAUUGCAGCCUGGUGACGACAUUAACAGUGCUGUUGUUGAAGGUCCAGAAUUUCGGAGCUACACAGAGAAAGAAAGAAGCGAGAAAGUUGACAAGAUACGAGUCAUGGCUAGAUCCUCUCCUUUUGAUAAGCUUCUUAUGGUGCAAUGCCUCAAACAGAAAGGCCAUGUGGUUGCAGUAACCGGAGAUGGCACAAAUGAUGCACCAGCAUUGAAAGAGGCUGACAUAGGGCUCUCUAUGGGAAUACAAGGGACCGAAGUAGCAAAAGAGAGCUCAGACAUUGUCAUCCUGGAUGAUAAUUUUGCUUCGGUAGCAACAGUUUUGAAUUGGGGUAGAUGUGUCUACAACAACAUUCAAAAGUUCAUCCAGUUCCAGCUUACUGUAAAUGUUGCUGCUCUGACGAUCAACUUUGUAGCAGCAGUUUCAGCAGGUGAGGUUCCACUAACCGCAGUUCAACUCUUAUGGGUCAAUUUGAUUAUGGACACCUUAGGUGCCUUAGCACUUGCAACUGAGAAGCCGGCAAAAGAAUUGAUGGACAAAGCACCUGUUGGAAGAACGGAGCCACUCAUCACAAACGUGAUGUGGAGAAACCUUAUGUGUCAAGCCCUAUACCAGAUAGCAGUACUCUUGACCUUACAGUUUAAGGGAGAAUCGAUCUUUGGUGUAGGAAGCAAGGUGAAAGAUACACUGCUAUUCAAUACCUUUGUGUUGUGCCAGGUUUUUAAUGAAUUUAAUGCAAGGAAGCUGGAGAAGAAGAACAUACUUGAAGGGAUACACAAGAACAGGUUGUUCCUAGCCAUCAUUGCCAUAACCAUUAUCCUCCAGGUGGUGAUGGUUGAAUUCCUAAAGAAAUUCGCCAACACAGAAAGAUUAAAUUGGGGACAGUGGGGUGUUUGUAUUGGAAUUGCAGCAGUGUCCUGGCCUCUAGGGUGGCUCGUCAAGUUUAUACCUGUCGCAGAAAGACCAUUUUUCAGCUACAUCAAAUUGCAGAACGCAUGCUUCUGGAAGAAAAACUAAGCAAGGAUAAUUCACAUAAUAUUAUUAGUAUGUACUGCUAAAAUUCUUGUAUUGCUAUUUAUUUCCAGUGUACAUUUGCUGACAACAAUUUAGCUUAGCUAAAAUUCAUUGUAUGUACAUACCAGUUAUGUAUGUAUAGAAAGAAUCAUAUUCCUUUGCCAAA